GUGGAAAAAUAAUAUACUGGAUGGUAGAUCUAUUCUCUAUCUCCUUUAUGCUAUAGCUCGUUGGCGCGUUUCAUCACAAAUGAGAUUUCUUUAAACAUUGAUUUAAUAUUUUUAUCAUAAGUAAAAAUUUGUCAAAAUGUUAGUAUUAUUUGAAACUCCUGCGGGAUAUGCUAUUUUUAAGUUACUUGAUGAAAAUAAGUUAACAGAAGUAGAAAAUCUUUAUCAUGAAUUUGAAACACCUGAAGCUGCUAGCAAAAUAGUUAAACUAAAACACUUUGAGAAGUUUGCAGAUACUACUGAAGCUCUUGUAGCUACAACAGCUGCAGUAGAAGGAAAACUUUGUAAAUCGUUGAAAAAAAUACUUAAAAAAUAUUGCAAUGAACUUCAAGAACAAUUAGCUGUAGCAGAUGCGAAACUGGGUAAUGCCAUAAAAGAUAAACUAAGUUUAUCUUGUGUCAGUAAUACUGCUAUACAAGAAUUAAUGAGAUGCAUAAGAAGUCAAAUAGAUAGUUUAUUGGCUGGUUUACCGAAAAAAGAAAUAACGGCAAUGGCAUUAGGUUUAGCACAUAGUCUUUCUAGAUAUAAAUUGAAAUUUUCACCUGAUAAAAUUGAUACUAUGAUAAUACAAGCUGUUUGUCUAUUAGAUGAUUUAGAUAAAGAGUUAAAUAACUAUGUUAUGCGUUGUCGUGAAUGGUAUGGUUGGCAUUUUCCAGAACUUGGAAAAAUUAUUACAGAUAAUAUAGCAUUUGUUAAAACAGUAAAAAUAAUUGGAACUAGAGAAAAUACUAUAAAUUCAGAUUUAUCUGAUAUUUUACCAGAAGAUGUAGAGGAAAAAGUAAAAGAAGCUGCUGAAAUAUCUAUGGGAACUGAAAUUUCUGAAGAUGAUAUUUUAAAUAUUCAACAUUUAUGUGAUCAGGUUAUUGAAAUUUCUCAAUAUAGGACACAAUUGUAUGAUUAUCUUAAAGCAAGAAUGAUGGCAAUGGCUCCAAAUUUAACUGUACUUGUUGGAGAAUUAGUAGGAGCUCGUUUAAUUUCACAUGCUGGAUCUUUAAUUAAUCUUGCUAAGCAUCCUGCAUCUACUGUGCAAAUACUUGGUGCAGAAAAAGCUCUUUUUAGGGCAUUAAAAACUAAAAAAGAUACACCAAAAUAUGGUUUAAUUUAUCAUGCACAACUUGUUGGACAAUCUUCAACAAAAAAUAAGGGAAAGAUGUCUAGAAUGUUAGCAGCUAAGGCUUCAUUAGCAACUAGAGUAGAUGCAUUAGGAGAAGAUGGAAAUUUUGAUCUUGGUGCAGAGCAUAAAACUAAGUUAGAAGCACGUUUGAGGAUAUUAGAAGAAGGAAAUCUUCGUAGAAUUAGUGGAACAGGCAAAGCAAAAGCAAAAUUUGAAAAAUAUCAUACUAAAAGCGAAUAUAUGCAAUAUCCUAUUGCUGCUGAUACAACUCUACCAAGUGGAAAAAGAAGACAUUCGGAAAUUGAAGAUAAAAAACCACUAAUAGAAGAAAUUACAAAACCAGAUGAAGAAAUACCUAAAAAAAAGAAAAAAAAGGAAGCCAAUACAGAUGAACCAAUAAUUCAACAAGUAAUUCAACCAGAAGAAGAAAUCCCAAUAUCAAAAAAGAAAAAAAAGAAAAAUAAAUCAGAAGAAACAACAGGAGAUAAUGUUGAAUCUAGCUUUAAAUGUGAAAAAGAAGAAGAAAAGAUAUUAGUAACAAGUUCUGAAAUAUCGGGGGAACAAAUAAAAAAAAAGAAAAAGAAAAAAGAUAAUAAAGAUCAGGAAAUUGAAGAGAUUACACAUACAAAUGAAGACAUAAAUGAAGAAGUUAUAAAAGAAAAGAAAAAAAAGAAGAAAAAGAAAUCUCAAGAUGAAUAAAGAUUUUUCAGUAAAUAUAUACAUAUAUUUAAAAAAA